AGCUUCAUAAGGAGCUUGUUUGGGUCGGAACUUUCAGCACAGUUUGAACAGAGAUAAGCAGAAAGAAACCGGCUUUACAGCUCCGAUGGAGGAGUUGCUAAACAACAAGAUUUUUGCAACGCAUGCACUUGCUGGUGUAGGAUCAGUGGCAUUAGGCACAGCUGUUACUUACCCCCUAGAUACUGUCAAAGUCAUUAUUCAGGCAGGUUCAAGUUCGAGUAAACAGUUGACGACUACUGAGGUUUUCAACAGAGUUCAGUCAUUUUCGGGGACCUCAGGAUUGUACAGUGGUUUCUGGUGGUUGGCAGUGGGAAGAACUUUAGGUGUUGGAGCUCGCUUUGGAAUCUAUGAAAUUUUGACGGCUUUCUACAAAGAUGGUCGAGAAGAUAACCACGUACAUGCCUCUGAGGCACUCUUAGCAGGACUCAUUGCUGGUUUUGCAGAAUCACUAAUAACCUCUCCCUUUGAACUUAUAAAAGUUCGUGCCCAGAUCACUUCUGCUUCCCACAUUCCAAAGUCGGCCUCUCUCAGAAAGAAGGUAGCUGUUGCACCUUUGAUACAAAAGUUACUACAUGGAUUCACUCCAGACACAAAGGCACUAAACUAUUCUGUCAGUCUUUUAUCCACCCUAACAAGUAAACAUCCCAAUAUGAUGACUGCCUUACAAGACUAUCCAUGGAUGAUGACUGGUUCUGGGAAGCCGCCAUCUGUGGUUAGUGUUAGGAAACCACCUGAAAUCAUCUCUUUGGAAGGAUGGGGAUCAUUAUGGAGAGGUCUACGGUCAGGAGUUGUUCGAGAUUCAGUUUUCAGCGGCUUUUUCUUUGGUACUUGGCAAUCCCUGCACAGAGCCAUGCUUGAUUGGAAGGCAGUGGGGAUGCAUCCAGAACCCAGGACGGAUGAUGAAAUUGGUCCAUUGUCACCUUUCGCUGUUAGUGUUGCCGCUGGAGUUUCUGGUUCAGUUGCCGCAGCUGCUUCUCAUUGUUUUGACACUGCCAAGUGCCGAUCACAAUGUGUUGUCCUCCCCAAGUUUCUCUCCAUGGAAAGGAAGCUUCUGAAAUGGAAAACACCAGGGAAAAGGUUCGAGAGAGCAACAGGCAUCCACCCUGCCGACAGGAAUCUCCUCUUCCGCGGCAUUGGCUUGCGCAUGGCUCGCAGUGGCAUUGCAUCAUUCGUAAUGGUGGGAAGCUAUUUCCUGGCUGUGGAUCGUCUCGCCUGAAGAUAAAACUUCAUUUGCCACAAAAUCCUCUUUUCAUUAGUCUCUGAUUCAGAGCUAGAACUUGCUUAGUUGUAUAAGCUUUACUUCUUUAACUCUAUAAAUGAAACAGGACACAUCCAGAUAAAGCCAAAGGCAUUUGAUCAU